AUGCCAGACAUCGAGGCACUAAAAGGUACAUGGGAUUAUGUCGAUGGAAAAGAUUUUGACAAAUUUAUGUCAGAAAUUGGUGUAUCAUUUUUGAUGCGUCAAACUGCCAAAUUAGUAACACCAAAACUUACCAUUAGUGAAAAUAAUGGUAAAUGGACGUUGAUAAGUGAAACACAUAUAAAAACAGUGACAAUUGAUUUUAUCCCGGAUCAAGAAUUUGAUGAAACAACAGCGGAUGGUCGUGAAGUGAAAUCACUGAUCAAAUUUGAAAAUGGUCAUUGGAUACAUACAAGUCGUGAUAAAAAAGGCAAAGAAUGGGUUCUUGAUCGUCACGUGGACGAAGCUGGUCUGCAACAAAUUAUUUUAACAUGUGGUGAUGACUCUAGUGAUGAACUGUUUCUUGAUGCGAUAGCACGUGGCGAAAAACAAAAAAAAUUAAACGAUACAACAUUACAUGCAUAUGAAAAUAAAAGUGAACGUUUGGCAGAAAAAUUCUGUGAAUCACCAGAAGAAAAUAUCAAUGAAAAAGGCGUUCGAGAAAAAUUUCAAUACGUACUCGAUUAUAUAUCUGAACAAUGUUCAUCGACAAUUGAUAUUUAUAGUUUACUAGAUGGAGAUGAGAUAUCUCUAUCGAAACUUGCAUUCACGGUCAUAUUUGUUGCUCAUUAUCAAUCAAUAGAAUUGUAUGACAAAACAAAUCAACAAACGAAAUCAACAUUAAAUGAAGAGUUAAAGAAAAUAUUUGAUACACACAUGAUUGAACCGAACAAUGGUAAACGGGCGAAAUUAAAUAUCGACAAUUAUUUUUCAUAUCUGACUUCAUCUACAGACAGUCAUAGUAUUAAAUCAUCUAUUCUUCCGAUGGCUAAAUCCAAUUAUUCAUUGCCACACGAAACAAUAAACGGUUCAGAUAUGGAAUAUGAUAAUUUAAAAUUACAACUUCAUGUCCUGCAAACACUUUACGAUAAUCUAAAACAGAAGUAUCAUGUAACAGAACAAAAAUUGUACGAAAACAAUGACUACGAUUACAUUAGAGAAGAACGUGAUCAAUUACGAUCAGAAUUACGUCAAUGUGAAAGUGAAAAACAACGCUUACACAUUCAACGUCUUGAUUUAUCUGAAUUGACUGAUCGAAUUCGUCACUAUGAAAAACUCGAGGAGCAAUUACAAGAAGAAACAAAACUGCUAGAAAAUAGAUUAACUGAAAGUAAACAGCGAUGUGAAGAACUUGAAAGAUGUAUCAUCGAUCAACAAUCAAAAAUGACAUCAUUAUCAUUGAAAGCAAUAAGACAAGAUAGUUUAGAAAUGGAAAAUUUACAACUGAAAGUCAGAAAAGAACAGAUGGAGACUGAACUUAGAAGACAAAUAGAAAUUUUAGAAAACAACAAUAAACAAUUACAAAAUAUCAUCAAAGAACCAAAAUUCAGUGAACCACCGUUAAUCGUUACAGAAAAACGUCUUCUAGAAAGAGAACUUCGUGAAAUCAAACUCACUUGGUGUGAUCGUAAACAAGUUCAGCAUGAAAUUCAGUCUUAUAAAGACACGAUUCACCAGUACGGAGAAGCCCUUGAAAAAAUACGAAAAGACUAUCAAGAAUAUAAAAAAUAUCAAAUAGAACAAGAGCAAAUCAAGAUCGAUGAUGAAUAUCAACGAUUCAAUGAACUAAUGAAAGAAAAUGAAGUAUUGAAACGAACGAAUGCACAAAUGGAUGAUGAAUGUUUGUUGCUACGGUGUGAAUUAAGAGAACUCCAGGAAAAAGUUGAUAGUGAACAACAGCAUGCGGAAACAAAUUGUGAUUACUAUACACAUUUAAAAUUGGAAAAUGAUGAACAAAAACAAUUAAUUGUCAAGUUACAACAUGAUAUCAAAGCAGUAACAGUCUAUCGCGAUUAUGCCGUUAAAAAAUUAUCGGAUAUUCAAAAUAUUCUUGAUCUAUACGAAAUUGAAUUAGAUCUACAAGAAGAAAAGGAAACAAAAUUACAGAUAGAAAAACAAACGGCCAGACAACGUUAUAAAACUGUUUUACACCAGAAACUUCAGUUACAAAAUGAAAAUAAAGAUCUUGUACAACUGGUAGAUGAAUUAAAGAAGAAAAUUGAAGAGACAGAAGCAACAUUGAGUAAAAGAACACAACAAUUCAAACUGGGUAUUCAAAAUUUGACUAGAUAUGACGAACAAUUGUGUGAACGCUGUGAUAAACUAGAAAUAUUAUAUAAAAAGACUAAAGAAAAACUGAGAAAAUAUAAACAAGAAUAUUCAGAAUUACAUGACGAUGGGCAACAACCAAUGAAUGAACCUCAAGAAAAAUUAACAUUAUUACAAUCAGAUUUUUACACGAAUCCUGAACCAAAAAGUGAUAAACAAGAAAAAAGUUGGUGGCCGUCGUGGAUGGGAAUACCAAAAAGUAUUGAGUAUAAACAAAGUAAUUGUCCACCGUCAGUAAAACCGUUCAGUCAUCAAGCACGAUCAAUAAGUCUAGAAGAAUGUACUCGUAAGUACGAUUACGUUACAGGUUCAUCUCUUUUAGAAUUUUUGAACCGGUGUUGA